AUGAAAUAUUGGGUAUGGGAUCUCGGAAGUUUUUGUAUUUUGGAAUCUUACAAAAUUUGCGAAAGUGGAAAGUGGAAGCCUCAGCUUCACUGGAAUGAAAUCGAUAAGUCCAAUCCACUUAUCGCACUAACAAACGGAACAAAUCAUGUUCCUCUGUAUGACUUGAGAAUAGGAGAUUUGGCUCAGAUACUCCGAAUUAACGACACUAGCGUUGUUGGAGCAGUUCGUUGGCUGCCAUCGAAGCACCACAUUUUGUUUUCGGGUGACAAUAGUGGUAUAUUGGCACGAUGGGAUAUCAGGAGUAACCGAGGAGCGCUUUCAUCGACCGUCAUCAAAAAAGGGACAGGGAUUAGAGGAAUGCGCUUGACUUCUGAUGGAAAACAUUUGGUUGUUGUUCUUUGCAACGGAGCCGUAAUUCUUUAUGAUGCAGUUACAAUGGAAGUUCUUGCAAAGUAUGAGUCCCGAAAUCUGAGAAAAUUGAGUGAAAAAAUGCUGCAUGCUCUUGGUCAGUUUGCCAUCUGUGACGAAGGAACUUCUAUACGAGUGGCUCUUCCAACAGGAGAUGAUAUUGAUUGGAUUCGCUUUUCAAAGGGAUUUCGACAGGAACCUCGCGUCACAUUCUGUUCUACUUUCUCGGGUCACUUGUCACAAGUAAAUGCAUGUGUAUAUCGAGUUGGAUCUCAACAGCUGUACACAGCGGGUUCUGAUCGCAAUGUGCUUUGUUGGGCACCCGAAAGUGAGCGACAUCGACUACAGUUGGAAACUGAAACAGUAAAACAAUCUGUUUUAAUGAACAAUUGGAGCGACGAUGACUGA